AUGUACGACAAAAGUGAGCUCAAUGAAGAACUUUGCGAGGCUAUAAUAAAAGCAAACAACCCCUUGAAUAAGCUGGACAAUGAAGGAUUGAGGACAUUCUUGAAAAAAUACACAGGAAAAGAUAUUCCUCACGAGUCAACGAUCAGAAAUAACUAUGUGGACCCAUUGUAUGAAAAGACAUUGGAGAAUAUUAAGAAAGACAUUAGCGAUUCUCUAGUCUGGCUAUCCGUUGACGAAACCACUGAUUCUUGCGGUCGGUAUAUGGUGCACGUCAUAGUUGCAAAAUUCUCUGCUGCCGAGGCUGGACGAGGACACCUCAUACUACGCAAAGAAGUGGAACGAACUACUCACACCACGACUGCUCGCACAGUGCGGGAAGCAUUGUGCGUGCUAAGGAGAAGUGAAGAUCAGAAACGUGGGGAGUACAAGGUUUUAGCCAUUGUGAUGGCUAGUGCCGCAUAUAUACUGAAGGCAGAGUGUCUCCGAGUGUUUUACCCUAAAAUUAUUCACCUCACGUGUCUGACCCAGGGCAUCCAUCGAGUCGCUGAAGAGGUCAGAGCCAUUACCAGAGGUCAACAGCCUUAUCUCUUCGGCAAAGAAGGUUUUCAUCAUGGCACCAAGUCGAGUGAGCCUGACUGUCCUCUGCCACCUGAACCAAUCUUCACGAGGUGGGGAACGUGGAUUUCAGCUGAAAAUUAUUAUGCGGACAACCACAGAAAAGUUGAAGAGGUCCUAAAGGGCUUUGAAGAUAGCGAAAAUUUAGCCACAGCAAAAGCCAAGGACGCCAUGAAGAAUUCCAGCGUGUUACACAGCCUAUCUUUCACCCGAGUGCACUUGGGUGUCCUUCCAGACCUAAUUGAGAAACUUGAGACUCGCAACAUGGGAGUUACGAAGGCAGUGGCUCUCGUCGAAGGACUUAGGACACAGUGUUGGCCAGGUCCGAUCGGUGAGAGAAUUAGAAGAAAAUUGGGUGCAGUUCUUCAUAGAAAUCCUGGUUGAUCUACGAUUCGGAAGGUAGCUCAAUUACUGGAAGAAGAGAAACGCUCUGAGAAUCUAUAUUAUUUCACGUCGUCUGAUGUUGCUGCUCUUAAAUUUUUACCUGUAGUGUCAUGUUAUGUUGAA